AUGUCUAUUCUUGUCAUCAACCCCAACUCUUCUCAGAAAGUCACCGAUAACCUCGAGAAGAUCCUUGUGGCUCCACCAGGAAUCGAGUUAGCCUUCUACACUGGUCCACCAGAAGCUCCCAAGGAAAUUGACGGCGAACGGACUCUGAGACUCUCGGAGAAGGCCGUUCUUCCUGAUCUCUUGAAAAAAAACUUACAUACAAAGUAUCUGGGCUAUCUUGUAUGCUGCUACUCAGAUCAUCCGCUUGUUCAUUCAUUGGCAAAGGAAACAAAGGCUCCAGUGUUGGGAAUCAUGCAAGCUACCCUCCUCUACAGCUAUGCGAAUGCUCGAUUGAACAAAUCGUUUGUGUUGACCAGCACCAGUGGCUGGAACGCCCUUUUGGAUGCUGCAAUUGUGUCUUUUACAGGCACUGAAACCUUUCCAUCCAAGAAGUUUCAAAGAACCCGGGCAUUGGACGUGCUGGUGUUGAGUUUGAGUGAUCCUGAAGAGUUCAAGAAGAUCACCGAUCGUGUCGAGAAAUUCUUGCACGAAUAUCGAGAUGAUGACAUUGACUGCGUUUUGCUUGGAUGUGCUGGUAUGGCAGGGUUAGAUGAGAAGCUCACGGCCAAGUUUCCUGGCAUUGUCUUUGUUGACAGUGUGAAGAUUGGCGUGGAGUUUCUCACUGGACUUAUGCACUUUCACCAAUGA